UAGGAAUAAUCUGUUUGAUUCGUAGCUUUUGAUCAAGGAAAUAUGGCAAAUCAGGUCGAUCCCACCAUAACCUGGCUGAAGGCGACCUACAAGGGUCUUGUAGGUAAGACUUUUCAAGGAAACUACAAUGGAGAAUUGCCCAUGCCGCAAACAGGAAACGUAAGGGACGUUAUAAUUGUAAAAGAUUCUCUCGAUACAACACUGGCUGGAAUUUCAAGAGACGUGCUUCAGAAAUACGGUAGUGAAGUGCGGAAAGGAAUCACCGGACCAAAAGACAGUUUCCGCUAUACCGAGUAUUGGCUGUGGGUCGAACCGGCCUUUAGUUCAGAUUUGUCACAGGGAAACAAUUACAAUUUUAAAAUCGAACACUGUUUGCCUUUUCAGUGCGGUGGUGGUACUUUCUCCUACGGUGUCAGCAUCAAAGUCAGCCUUGCUUGAUAAUUCUUCUUCUUUGCACCGAUUACCGACCAAACAAGGAGCUCGUAGACCUAAUUAACGUUAGCGGCACUUUACACAAGCGACUUAGUUAACCCAAUAACAAACUCUAGAUGAUUUUAUGCAGACUGUAGAUCGAAGAGUUCCACUUUACAAAUUUACUUGUGAUUAAUAGUUUUUAUUUAGGUAUAGGACGGUAAGCAAUUCAAAUAGAGCUAAAGCACUGUUCGUAGUAGCUUCCAAACCUGGCGUCUAGUGCGAGAUAUCUGAAAUGAAAGAAUUGCGGCCCACAUCUUUUACCAAAUUUCUCUGUGACGGACUGACACUUCGAGAUGACUUCCAUCGCUGGAGUUGCUAUUGUAGACUGAGCUUCACUAUUUCUGAAAGCCAGUAUAACUCACUGCAUUGCUGUAAGAGUUCCAAGGAAGAAAGGUAAUCAGCGUUGUCGGAUCAGAAAUUGAGAAUUAAAUGAAAUUAGGAUCACGAAAAGAGACACUUCGGCGACCUCACGGAGAAAAGAUUUAGGCGGCCAAGACUAGAUUGCGGAAAGCACUGAUGUCAGACAUUCUAUAGAUACGCAGACAAGACUCUGAAGCCAUUCACGUUUGUAAGUGUACUCGAAACAACGUUUUAAUCAUUUCCUAAGUUUUG